AUGGUGGAUUAUUACAAAGUCCUUGGGCUGUGCAACAGUGCCUCACAGGAUGAUGUUAAGAAAUCCUACCACAAACUGGCACUAAAAUGGCAUCCUGAUAAGAAUCCCAGCAACAAGGAGGAAGCUGAAAAGAAAUUCAAAGCAGUUGCUGAGGCAUACAAGGUUUUGUCCGACCCUCAGAAACGAUUGCUCUAUGACAGAUCUGUUAAGAAGAGCAGAUCCCACAGAGGAAGAAAUGCCACGGGGCAUAAUUGCAGCUCCUUUGAAUCCCCUUAUGUAUUCCAGGACUUCAAGAAGGUCUUUAGGGAAGCCUUUGGAGAGAUGGAUCCCUUUGUACGUGUUUCCUGGGACCCCUUCAACAACAUCAGAAACAAUGUUGAAAACUGGCACAGUACAAGCAGAAGAGGAAGAAGGUCCAACAUGUUUCCUGACUUUAUGGAGUCAUUUAUGACAAGCAGUUCAUUCAGCCCCAGCAUGCAGCACACCUGCUUCUUUGCUGGGGACACAGCUGCACCACGCAAUGUCAGAUCGGUGUUAACCACUACUAAAGUGAUCAACAGCAAGAGGAUCACCACCCGGAAAAUCAUCGAGAAUGGGCAGGAGAGAAUAGAAGUGGAAGAAGAUGGCAAGCUGAAGUCUGUGAAAAUAAAUGGGAGAGAACACCUGAAAUGA